UAUAUAUGCAUGCGUGUAUAGCAAAUCGUAUUGUAGUUGUUCAUGCUCUAUAAUUUGAGUUUUAAAUCAUUUUGUACUUUGAACUUAAAAAGAACAUUAUAUUUAUAUAUCGUUAGCAAACGGUUGAGUAAUAAAGUCGGAUUUUUAACGGAAAUUGAAUUAAGUAUUCAUUUGCCGAAGAAACUCUUAAUUGCCGGUAUACAAUGUGGUUUCUGUGACGCGUGAUCAACAUUUUAUAGAAAAAAGGAAAAAACGAUUUAUAUGCGUAACUUGAAAGAACAUAUGUUUCUCUUUUAUUGAGAUAGUAAAAUGUUUGUUUUAUGGACAUGGUUAUUGUGUAUUAAUGAAUGAUAGUCGUGGAUAAUUUAUAUAAUUUUGAAUAUAAUUUAUAGUAAGAAACCCAGAGAAAUAACGCAUAAUGCAUAAUAAUUUAAUUGCUACUGCCAUCGGUGUAACCGUUGGUGUUAUAAGUGCAGCUAGUAUUUUUAUUUACCGUAAAAUUUUGGCAAAUCAACGAUAUAACACAACAAUUUCUGACUUAGAUGCUGCCAAUAAAAGAAUUGAUGAAUUAGAAACAGAAUUAGAAGCUUUAAGGUUACAACUAAAGCAACAGAAAAAGAAAAGAAAAAUUUCACGAAAAUUUAACUCUAAUGAUAGUACCUAUACUUUAGAUAAUGAUACAGAUAUUGAUGUUUUUUCAACAACAACUGAUAUUGGAGAUGAUGAAUUCUAUGAUUGUUCCGAUGGUGAAAGUAUUGUUAGCGAUAGUGACUUGAGGAUCUCAGACGAACUGAACCAGCUGGAUACAAUACUUAAGGAGAUUGAUGAACAACCAUAUGAUCAAUUUGAUGUCAAGACUUACUAUAUAUUGCAAACAUUAGCGAAAUCCCAGCCAGACAAUGUAGAAGUAGUAUGGAGAUUUGCAAGAGCUAGCUACAGUUAUGCAGAAACACAAAUUGAUAAGAACAUUAGAAAGUUAAUCAUUCUUGAAGGUAUUCAACAGUGUGAGAGAAUUAUUGAAAAUCGAAAUGCAGAUCUGUAUAAGUGGUAUGCUAUUCUUGUAGGAAUACAUGGAGACUAUUUAUCAGUGCCAGACAAAAUAAAGAAUGGCAUUGUUUUUAAGAAAUAUAUAGAACUGGCUGUAGAAAUGCAACCAGAUGACUUUGGAUUACAUUAUCUUCUAGGAAGAUUUAAAUAUGAAAUUGCUAAUUUAAGUUGGAUCGAGAAAAAGGUAGCAACAUUAUUUGAAAUUCCAAAUGUUUCUUUUGAAGAAACACUCAUUUGUUUUGAAACUGCAGCAAGGCUUGGAAGUACAAACCCAUACACUCAGUUGUACAUUAGUAAAUGUUAUAUUGCUUUAAAGAAAUAUACAUGUGCAAUUGAUUCAUUAAAAGAAAUUUUAGAAAAACCAAUUGUAUCAGCUGAUGAUGAAAAAGUACAUACGGAAGCGAGUAAACUUCUUGACAAGUACUCAGGAUAUAGUUCAUAGUGAAAAAUAAUGUAUUUGUACAUCACACCUAUAUCAAUAGUUAUACUAUUUCCGUAUACAUAUACAGAUAAAAACAACUAUAUCACAGUUUAAUCUAAACGUUAACAUCAAACAAUUUAUAAUCAAUUAUUAUAUGAAACAUAGGUACUAAACAAUUUUCAAAAUAUUUUAUCUAUUGCAGUAUGUAUUGUAAAUCUUUUAAUUUAAAUUUUAUGAAAGAGUGUAAUUUGUAAAGAUCUGCAUAAAAAAUGUACAUCACUAGUGCAAGGUUUUGUAAGUUAGAAAUAUAUACUUUAGUUGUACAAUUUAGCAAAUAAUAUUUUACAUAUAUAGAAAACGGUAUAUACAUUGAAGCGCCUGGAUUUAGUUAUUUUCUUAAAAGAAUUUAUAGAAUUUAUUAUUAAUGAUAUUCAUUGUAUACA